AUGGAUCGCUUCAUGGAUAUCCUGCGCAAACCAGGCGCCAAGCCUGAGAUCCAGGGCGUCGCCCCGACACAACACGUGGAUGGGGAAGAGCACGCUGAUCACCUAGAUAUCAAGGGCUAUGUACCCAAAAGCAAGCCCAAAAUGCUCGAUCGCUGGCUGGACUUCGUCGUGCGAGUGUCUGGCUCCGAGCCUGUCUUCUUCCUGAUCCUCGCGGGCCUCCUCACCUGGGCUCUCCUCGGGAUCAAAUACGGAUCGACCGAUAGCUGGCAGGUCCUGAUCUCCGACAUCCAGGCCAUCGUCAGCUACAUAUUCGACUCCUUCCUCGUGAGACAGCAACUGAACGCAUACGAAGAGGAGAUGGUCGUAGCUGCCGAGCUGGACCCAAGACCAGGAGAAAGCCACCCCCCUAAUCAACCUCGUCAAGGAGCACCAGACCGAGCUCGAGUUCGCGCCGAGCUCCCCACCGAAACCCUGUUCGGACGGACCAUCACCUGGGUCUCGCAUGUCAUCGGCCACCUGGGCACCAUCAUCCUCUUCUGGGCGGGCGUGUUCACCUGGAUCGGCCUCGGCCAUCUCUCCAACUACAGCGACAAGUGGCAACUGUACAUGAACUCUGCGUCGUCCGCGCUGAUGGUCUUCGUCUUCGCCUUCCUCGCCAACAUCCGCGAACGCCAUGAAGCCUACACCCGCAGCUGCCUCGACGCCAUCUUCCACGUCGACGCGUCCCUCGAAGCCAAGCUCCGCCAGCUAACCCACGACACCCUCCCCAACGACACCGUCAUCAUCCCCGCCCCACGCGUCAACCCAAUCCACGCGCGAUCUUCUACUACGCCGACUUCGUCGCACCCUAGUCGGCAUCGCCAUCCUGGUCGCCGUCAUCAUCAUCUGGGGCUGGUCGGCAUGAACGACGGCUUCGUGCUGCGCAACAUGCAAGCCCGCCUGCGCUGCUACGUGGACGCCGAAUUUGCCCGCAUCACCGCCCACGACGCGAGCCUCUUCGCUACCGCCGGCAUUCCCGCGCCCAGCGACGAGGUCGUCGCCGACAACUCGCUGACACACCGCGUGUCGGACACCAUGGGGCGCGUGUGCGCGCACGAAAUCACGGUCGUGUUGGGGGUGUUGACCAUCCUGGGGUUGGUUGCGGGCGCUAGCGCCAUGCGAUGGACGUUGACAGGUCAGUUGCUGUGUAAUGUGCCGCCCAGCUUGAUCGAGUCGUUUUUCAUGAUCGUGUUGGUGACGGGACACAACUCGGCCGACGAUCGGAAACGGGUGGAUCUGCGAAAUACGUAUACGAGGCGAGUGCAGUUGUUGGGGUUUGUCAAUGCUGUGCAGUCGGUUUGGUGA